CAGAGCAUCAUCACUCUCUGGAAAGCCUUCUGAAUUAGACAAGAGCUGCCUCUCAGCACAGCUACAAAACACUUUAAUCCUGACCAGCUAAAUGGAUAAACCUAUCCUGCAUAGCUUUUAAACUGGGCUCAUCUUAUACAGCGCAGGAGGCCUGUUUGCUUCAAGAACUGGAGAGCUGGAAGAUGGAUUGCUGUGUCUGGGAAUGGCAAAAGGCAGCAGAAUAAGGGAUGCUAGGUACCGGCGAAGAUUUUCUUAUUCCUCCCAGAGAAGUUGGCUUACCUUCAUGGUGUGCUAUUGCUUUUACAUGCAGAUUGCCAGUUAAUGCUGUCGGUUCUCUACAGACUUAUACAAUGGCUCUGAGAGCUUAGGGUCCCACCCGAUCUCCUCUGUACCCCCAUCCCUAGUCCUGUCUUCCCCACCCCCAUCCCCUUCCCCAUCCCUUCCUUCCCUCAUCCCCAAAAUUCUUGCUUGUCCUCUCUAGGGAACUUUGUGUGGGUUACUGGCAUGCACGCUGGAUGGUGGUGAUGUGACUGGCAGCUGUGCUGUGACAUGAAGGUUGCAAUGGUUUAAAGAAAUGAGACCAAUUUAAAAAAACAAAACAAAACACAAAAGCAAGAGUGAGACAGAGGAGAAAUCAGUUGGAGGAAGAAAAAGGGGACAUAUUUGUGGAUGACAAAAGGAUGGGUUUCCAUUUAAUUAAGCAGCUGAGAGGCAUGACUGUGGUGUUAGUGCUACUGCCUACGGUGCUGUUUCUUAUGCUCGCAGGGGCUCAGCGAGCUUGCCCCAAGAACUGCAGAUGUGAUGGCAAAAUUGUGUACUGUGAAUCACAUGCAUUCAGAGAUAUCCCUCAGAAUAUUUCUGGAGGGUCUCAAGGCUUAUCGCUACGGUACAACAGCAUCCAGAAGCUUAAAUCAAAUCAGUUUGCAGGUCUAAAUCAACUCAUAUGGCUUUAUCUUGAUCAUAAUUACAUCAGCUCCGUAGACGAGGAUGCGUUUCAGGGGAUCCGUCGGCUGAAGGAAUUAAUUCUGAGCUCCAACAAAAUUACCCAUCUGCACAACAAAACAUUUCACUCUGUCCCCAAUCUCCGCAAUCUGGACCUUUCUUACAACAAGUUACAGGUGUUGCAAUCUGAGCAAUUUAAGGGCCUUCGCAAACUCUUGAUCUUGCACUUGCGGUCGAACUCAUUGAAAACUGUGCCAAUCAGAGUUUUUCAAGAUUGCCGAAAUCUCGAUUUUCUGGAUUUGGGCUACAACCGUCUGCGGAGUUUAUCCCGUAAUGCUUUUGCUGGCCUCUUGAAGCUAACAGAGCUCCACUUGGAGCACAAUCAGUUUUCGAAGAUCAACUUUGCCCACUUUCCACGCCUCUUCAACCUCCGCUCUAUUUAUUUGCAAUGGAAUAGGAUCCGGUCUAUUAACCAAGGGCUAACAUGGACUUGGAGUUCCUUGCACAACUUGGAUUUAUCGGGGAAUGACAUCACUGGGAUAGAACCUGGGACCUUCAAAUGCCUGCCCAACCUACAAAAGCUGAACUUGGAUUCCAACAAACUCACCAACAUCUCUCAGGAGACUGUCAAUGCGUGGAUCUCACUAAUAUCCAUCACUCUGUCCGGAAAUAUGUGGGAAUGUACUCGAAGCAUUUGCCCUCUUGUUACUUGGCUUAAGAAUUUCAAGGGAAAUAAAGAAAGCACUAUGAUAUGCGCGGGCCCUAAGCAAAUCCAGGGCGAAAAGGUGAGCGAUGCUGUGGAAACCUAUAAUAUCUGUGCCGAAAUCCAGGUUGUGGUCACUGAAAGAUCAUACCAGCCACCUAAAACUCCCCAGAGACCUCUCUUUGUCCCCAAACCUACCAUUUCCAAACUGGAAAACAAUCAAAUGACCUCUGUGAUGCCCACUCCUUCUCCAGACUUACCAACACCUGGAGCAGAACCAGAGUAUGAGCAUGUUUCCUUUCAUAAAAUCAUUGCUGGGAGUGUCGCCCUCUUUCUUUCAGUGGCUAUGAUUUUAUUGGUUAUCUAUGUGUCUUGGAAGCGGUACCCAGCCAGCAUGAAACAACUGCAGCAACACUCUCUCAUGAAGAGGCGCAGGAAAAAGGCCAGAGAGUCCGAAAGGCAAAUGAACUCCCCUUUACAGGAGUAUUACGUGGACUACAAGCCGACAAACUCUGAGACCAUGGAUGUAUCAGUUAAUGGAUCUGGGCCCUGCACAUAUACCAUCUCUGGCUCCAGGGAAUGUGAGGUCCUUCACCCAAUGAAGACCUUGCCCUAUUACAGCUAUGACCAACCCGUGAUUGGAUACUGCCAGGCCCACAAGCCUCUCCAUGUAAAUAAGGCGUAUGACACCAUCUCCCGGGCGGAGCAGGUUGAGACCACCAACCUGGAACUCAAUCGAGACCACAGCUUCAUAGCAACAAUUGCGCGCUCAGCCGCUCCAGCCAUUUACAUUGAAAGAAUACCAAACUAAUCAUGGAGACCGCUUCUUUGGGAAUGGGUGGGAGUAGGGAAUUCUUUAGAGGAACUUUCAUCUCAGAAGAGAACAGGACAAGAAAAACAAAAAUCUACCAUGCCAGUUGCAAAUGUUCCAACAAACACAAAAGGAAAAGA